AUCAGGCUGAGUAGUACAAAACCCGGGACAUCCAUUCUCUAGCCUGGUAAUCUCGUGGUCUCGUGAUGGAACAAGCGUCGACACAGUAUUCAUUACCUCUUUUGUUUUGACUUGGACCCAUCAUCCAAUCAACUCGAAGAAUCCGAUGGUUGUGACAUUUCAACGAGUACUUUUCAACGUUUGAAACACUACGAUAGUUUGAAACUUUGAUCGAUCACAACUUCACAUAUUCUGUCGAAAUAUCUGUGAUGAUAAAUUGUUUGACAGUGUAUGUACAGUUGGGCAGUCUCCGUGACACUUGAUUUCAGGAGCUGCCAGAAGAAAAGACUAUUCCGUGUAAUUUUCUAGGAAUGGGCCAUUUGCGGAGUGAACAUAUUUAAUUAAUAUUCCCAGUAGUAAAGUAAUAAUAAAGCAGGAUCGAUUUUCGGAAUUUAAAGAUUAUGCUAUAAUUCAACAUUCAACAGGAAAAUGAGACAAAAAAAUCUGUAAGGAUGAUAUAAAAUUUAAAGAGAAUAUGGCUUCAGAGGCGUCAACAUAUUCAAUCACUGUAUCGCCUAAGAUGGCACUCUGGCAUUGGAAAAUGGUCGAACAAUGAGGUGAAGAUUUGAGUUGAGUGGGGACGGUAGAAGGAGAAGCAUGCACCACUGUCACUAUGCUCAAUUCUAUACUGUUCGUACUUGUGAUUUUAGCGACCAGCUUUUCUGUUAUCCAAACUGUGGGGCUCAAUUGUGAUGAUAAUGAGAUCUGCCAAGGAGAAGGGCCCCUCCUUGAGAGACCGUGUUGUGGAGGGCUUGGAGGGGCCCAAUGUGGUGCAGGACAAACAGCAUGUAACGAAAAACUUGGAUACGAAUGUUCAAAUAUGGACGAUGGGACAGGACAGUGCACAGGUCAUUUUGGUUUGACAGUUACCAAUAUCAGUAUUACAAGCAUAUCUAUAUCCUGGGACGACUUCCAACCACCAGACUACAGGUUUGAAUAUACCGUGUUUUAUUCUACAAUGUUUUCCAACGACACGUCUGUCUGGAAACGUGAAGAGCACGGGGACAUGUCGAUAGCCACAAUGUACGGACUCCAACCAAACACUUUGUACUUUAUGAGGGUGGCUACCUGGCAACAGCCGGAUGUCAUCGCUAACCUGACAGAGGUGGUCGUUAUCAGCACGACAGUUCUCCCGUUCUGUUACUACAACAAUAACAAGUAUAGAGUAGGACAGGAGUUCCAAAUUGACUGUGAGGACGUGUGUGUCUGUAUGACAGACGGAGAGUUGGAGUGUCGUCCUGUGUGUAACGAUACGUCACUCCUCCUCCCUACUGCUCCUAACCUCGUCUGUCGCGAGGAGAUGAAUGGUUGCUGUCCUACAACUGUAUGUAACGAGAAAACGCUUCUAACAGAAAAACCAGUGGAAACCCUUCCUAAGGAAAGCACAUGUUCACAGUACAGAGAUCACAGUAUUCAGACAUGGCAUAGAGAUUGUGGCAGCUACUGCAAUUGUACCGGAAAUGGUAUGACGUGUUACCCACUUUGUGCGACCAGUCCGAGGCCGGAAGUGUCGGGAGCGGAUUGUCGCCUUGUCAAUCAGCCCUACCUCUGUUGUCAUCAAUGGAUCUGUCAGCCAUAUGAGGUACAUACAGUGACGUUGAAUGUGACUAUUCAGAUAGAAGGUAAAUGUGAUGAAGCAGACUACGCCCUCUUAUCCCUACUAUCCGGGGCUGGCGCCUCCUUGAUGUACUUUUACAGUUUAAAGGAGUGUUCAGUCCCCAGGGCAGACGGUGUUUCGUGUACUGUAGACAGAACUUUUAUACAGUGUCCAGGGCCGGAUAGUAUACACAUCAUGUUCUCUGUUUCAUCACAUGUUAGAGUCACCAGUCGUAACAUUUCACUAAAUAACUUUGUGACCUUGAUGUACAACAGCAGCGAGUCUAUGACGUCAGCUGCAGUGUAUGAAGGAAACAAGACGCUUCCGGUCGUAGAUGUCCUUAUUUCACAACCUAUUUAUACUUGUUGUAAAGGGUUCUCCUGGAACGGGGUCAAGUGUGUAAACCUAAGCGAAUCUGCCGGUCGGCUGUUCCAGAUUUAUCAGGUUCUGGAGAGAUCUGCUGUUCUUAACUGGUCCUUGUCGCUAUGUGACGAGGACGUCACCAGCAUUGUCGUCUGCUGGAAGCAGUUGAACGAGGAUACCAAAGUUUUACAUAUUCCAGUCAACAAGACAAAAACGAAAGUUCAUAUAACGGACCUUGAUCCCUCCACGAUGUACACAGCUUGGCUAGACGUUCUCGUGCAAAACGUGACCUGGAUCCACUUCCAGGAAAUUCAUUUCCUAACCACGGCAGAGUCCGUGAUUGACACUCGAACGUACCAAAACUACCUGGUGGGAGUGAUUGUCGCCAUGGUUACCGUCACAAUGGCCGUAUUAGUGGGCGGGACAAUUCUCCUCAUUCGGAAACGAUGGCAGACACAAAAGGAUCACAUACCUCAACAAAACGCUUUUGAGAACAAGAUUUUUGAGAUACGGGUCAGAGAAGAUGGAGCAUAUUGACCAGGUCGCUAUCAGUCUGGACGUUUCGAAACUUCAUUGUUGAUAAACUGCGAUUGCGUGCUGAAGACCCGGAUGUUCGAAUACUAAAGUUACAUGCAGUUGUGUAUGGAGCUAUCAAACUUACAAAUGGCACAUCUAAGAAUUCAACAACACGUCCUUCCAAAAAAAAUGACCCUUUUCAGUCAAUGAGUGCAAAGGCUUUGAAUAACCAGGACAUUUUCAGUGCAAACCUGCUCGUGUGUAGAACAAAUUUAACCUCUUCACAUUGAUUUUCGAGAGCGCGUUGUGUGUGAUAAAAAGUUUAAACGGAAUAGUGUGCCAAUAAAGUGUCUGUAUAUAUGUCUCUGAUGUUUUGAAUGACAUUAAAUAGGAAAUAAAAUUUCUUGAAAAAAAUUAAACAAAUAUCAUUUCUAUGAAGUAGUAACUACACAGGAAAAUCGCAGGCCGAGGUUUGGAGUCAACUGCGUAAGUCAGUUUUAGAGGAAUACAGAGUUAUUUGUGUGAACUGCAGUUAUCUGACAUAAACCCAAGACUGUCGUAUAAAUGUCACUUUUUACUGCAUCCAAUUGGAGUUUAUUAUUUUGUUAUAUAUAUAAGCUAUUUUAUAACAAAUUCACCUAUAGGAGAAUUCCUACAGCUACCGUUUGCAGAAGAGUUAUUGAAAUAGUAAGUGUUUGACUGUAACUGGUUGAAUCCGGUACUGGUGUGACUAUAUUUUAUACCGAUGAUUUAAAAAGGUGCAUUUUCGUUAAAGCAAUGUUUUUGGUGGAUAUACGUUUUGAACGUUAUCAGUAAAUUUGUUCUGCUGUGGCUCGUUAUUACAUGUACCAUUUGUUGCUAAAUAUAGCGGUCAUUUAGCUAAGUAUACGUAUUGACCACAGGGGCAUGUCUAGUCUUAUAUAAAACAAGAAAUAUCUUUAAAAAAAGAUAAACGGCAU